CUUUACUUGUUCUACUCUCUUCUCUCACUCACUCACUGUGUUUCUUCGUUUCCAAUUCCCUCCUUCAUUCCGCCAUGGAUACCAUGGAAGCAACAAACAAAGUUCUUUCCAGGAUUCAGAGCUUUGAUCCGCAUAAUGCCUCUAAAAUCUUGGGUUAUAUUCUGAUUCGGGAGCACGGGGACAAGGAUGUUAUCAGAUUAGCACACGGCCCGGACGCUGUUCUCCUCUCGCUCAUCUCCCAAGUCAAGGCUGGCUUGGGACUUUGUUCUUCUUCUUCUCCUCCGUUUUCCCAGGCGUCCCUGAGAAUCACGAUUCCCCCCUUUCAAUUUCAUUCGUCCCCUCCUCUGUCUCCUUGGUCUAAUGCCAACGUUUCUCUCCCCGUCGAUCACUUCCGGUUUCUCGACGAGUCGGAGGAAACGCACCACAACCAAAACGAGCUUGAAUUCGCCAGUGAUUCCGACGAUAGCAUGUAUAAUCCUCCUCGCAAGCUUCUGCAUGCGCCUACCAAACAGGACUCUUCUUUCGACCACUUUCUGCGUAUGAAAGCCCAUCGCCUUCAGCACCAGAGGCUUCACUAUCCCCUCACUUACAACAACACCAACGCCAUUAUGAGUAAUUUGAAUGAGAAUCCCCCCAGAUUGGCAGCAGCUCCAUUUAUGAUAGGUGAGGAGUUGCAGAGAUUUGGGCAUUGCCCCCCACCAGAGGUGCCAUGUGAUUUUUACUCGGAUGCUUGUUUGCACCAAAUUUACUUGACUUUUCCAGCUGAUAGCACAUUUAGUGAAGAGGAUGUUUCUAAUUACUUUAGUAGUAUAUAUGGGCCGGUGCAUGAUGUUAGGAUUCCAUAUCAGCAGAAGCGGAUGUUUGGUUUUGUUACGUUUGUCUACCCGGAGACUGUGAAGCUCAUCUUGGCAAAAGGAAAUCCUCAUUUUGUGUGUGAUUGUCGUGUGCUUGUUAAACCCUACAAGGAGAAGGGGAAAAUCUUAGAGAAGAAUAGGAAGCAACAACAGCAUCAUAUGGAUAUAGGAAAGCUCUCGGCAUGUUUAAGCCCAUCUGGUCUUGAUUCUAGGGAGCCCUAUGAUCUUCCGUUUGGACCGAGAAUGUUCAACAAUUCACAGGAGGCUUUGCUUAGAAGAAAGUUAGAGAAGGAAGCUGAGUUGCAGAAAGCCAUUGAUCUUCAUAGCAGGAGGUUAAUGGAUUUGCAACUUAUGGACGUGAAGAAUAAAGAAAAGUAUAAUCACUUCCAGUGUAGCUCAUCACCUGUCAUUCCAGUCUCUUGCCAGAGCAACUCUCAGUCACCAAACUAUCAAGUCACGGAAGAAAACAACAGUAGCCAUGAGGCAAGUGCAGCAGGUCAAGAGAACAACAGUGGAAGUGAAGAUAGCUGCAAGAAGCAGCGAUGCAACAGCCCUGAACUUCAUAAAAGAGGCCUAGAGCACAUCCUUCCAGGUAAAAUUGUCGCUGCUGAAAACCUACCGACCGGAACUGAUGACAGUUUCUCACCAACUCCAUUUUCUUACAACACCCCUACACUUGUUGGCACUUCUACCGGCAUGCACCCUCUGUUCAAUCAUGUUACAUGAAGAUGCCCAGGUUAACAUCUGACCAAGAAGCAAGUAAUAGAAAGUAUAGGCAAAAUAGUUGACCAUGGUUAUUGGGGGGACAAAAUUUUGAAAGUUUGAAUAGUGAGCCCAAAGUAUCAGAAGAAAUCUGUAAGGAAAGAUCCCUUCAGGAUCCUAUGUUUCGUCAAAUAGGGCCGCCAUAAACUACAGCAAUACAUAAUGCAUAUGUAUAGGACAAAUGACUUGAGAUUUAAUAUGACUAGAAUAUGAAAGUAGGGUCUCUCUCUCUCUCUCUCUCUUCUUUAUAUUUCUGAAGUUAGAAUAGUUGUUUGCUGCAGCAUUCAGAAAACUAGCAAUAUGACAAAGGCUUGGAUAGUUUGAUUAUGACUCCUAUGGGCUAUGCCUCUUUUCUUUUA